AUGUCCUCUUCACAGCCUGUAGCCUUAAUUAUGGGCGCAUCCCGAGGCAUCGGCCGUCAAGUAGCCAUCGACAUGGCUAAAAAUGGCUACACUGUAAUGCUAGCAGCAAAGACAACCUCCGACGCCAGCAAAACAACUCCAUUCCCACCCGACCCGAACUCCUCAGCCUCAACAAUCAGCACCGUAGAGCGCGAGAUCACUGAAAGCGGCGGACAAGCCGCAUCAGUUGCCGUAGACGUGCGCGACGCCUCGCAAAUCCAAAGCGCCGUCGACGAAACAGUGCGCAUUUUCGGAAAAUUGGAUGUGCUUGUUUACAACUCUGGUGCAAUCUGGUGGUCAUCUGUUGAGAAUACGCCGUUGAAGCGGUUCAAGCUUAUGCAGCAGGUAAAUCCCGAGGGGCUUUAUGCUACUGUUCUGGCUUCGUUGCCACACUUUGAGAAAAAUGGGUGGAAAGGACGGAUUGUUGUUGUUUCACCGCCUAUUUAUUCCAGGUUUUUCAGGGGAAAGACUGCUUAUGCUAUGGGUAAGGUUGGGAUGAGUGUGUUGGUAAAGGGUCUUGCCAUGGAUUUUGCGAGACAGGGCCGCGGUGAGAUGGCCAUUACGAGUAUCUGGCCUGCUUCGUCUAUUGAAUCAGCGGCAACGGAGUUUAACAAGUCCGAGGAGAAAUCUUACAAGAAGGACUUGAGAAAGCCGACAAUCUUCUCCGACGCCAUAUUGGAGAUGCUUCGGUUCCCGCACGCCACUGUAAACGGGCUGCUGGACACGGACGAAGACUUCCUGCGUGAGAAAUGUGGCGUGAUCGAUUUCUCGAAGUAUGCGGUUAUCCCAGGCUCCACACCACGACGAAUCAUGCCUGCGAAGUUCCCUGUACUGGAGGUUGCGGAGCAAGAUGAUGAGGGCCAGAGAAUGGAUAGCACAAAGCUCCGAGCUAACAAGCUUUGA